AUGGCUGCCGCCGUUCUCUCGAGGCAGCGCCACCAUGCCCGACUCCUUGCCGCCAGGCUCUGCGCCACCCUUUCAUCGCCCAAUUCAAUAUUUAAUUCCGCAGCCGAUUUCCUAGCCGCGUCGCAGCCUGCCACACCGUCAGCGCCAUGUGUGCGUCCCCCAGCGGCUUCCCUCUCCACCAGCACAGGCGCGCCGGCUCCCGCGGGCGGCGCAAGCCCGAGUGCGUCGAGCCGCGCGGUCCCGCAGAUGCCGGCGUUCGACCACGUGCCGGCGCCGUACACGGGGCCGCGCGCGGAGGAGGUGCUGAGGAAGCGACAGAAGUUCCUCAACCCGACCAUCUUCGCCUACUACAAGAAACCGCUACACGUGGUGGAGGGGCGCAUGCAGUACCUGUACGACGAGGACGGGCGGCGGUAUUUGGACGCAUUCGCGGGCAUAGUGACGGUGUCGGUGGGGCACUGCCACCCGGCGUUCGUGGAGGCGGUGGGGCGGCAGAACGCGCUGCUGCAGCACACGACGAGCAUCUACCUCAACCACCAGAUCGCUGAAUACGCGGAGGAGCUCGCUGCUAAGAUGCCCAGCGACCUCAAGAAUGUGUACUUUGUGAAUUCGGGCUCGGAGGCGAACGACAUGGCGCUCACCAUGGCGCGCCUGUACACGGGCAACUACGACGUGGUUGCUCUGCGCAACGCGUACCAUGGCAUGUCCCCUGCUACCAUGGGGCUCACCGCCCACAGCACGUGGAAGUUCAACGUGCCUCAGGGCUUUCGCAUUCACCACGCACUCAACCCCGACCCAUACAGGGGCGUAUUCGGUGCUGACGCUGCAAAGUACGCUGCUGACGUGGACGACCUUCUCCGCUCGUCCACAUCAGGCCGCGUGGCCGGCUUCAUCGCCGAGACCAUCCAGGGGGUGGGCGGCACAGUGCCUCUGACACGUGGCUACCUGCCAUUGGUGUACGAGUCGAUCCGGGCGGCGGGGGGCGUGUGCAUAGCAGACGAGGUGCAGACGGGGUUUGGGCGCACGGGGUCGCACUACUGGGGGUUCGAGACACAGGGGGUCACUCCCGACAUUGUUACUAUGGCCAAGGGUAUAGGCAACGGAUUACCCCUGGCAGCGGUGGUAACCACACCGGAGAUCGCAGCAGUGAUGGCGCAGCGGCUGCACUUCAACACAUUCGGAGGGAACCCCGUGAGCUGUGCUGGCGGGCGGGCGGUGCUGCAGAUUAUCGAGGACGAGGGGCUGCAGGGGAACUGCGCUCAUGUGGGGGGAUACCUGCUGGGGAAACUUCAAGCACUUAAGGAGAAACACGAGGGUGAGUUGGCAGGAUGGAUGGGUGACGGAAUGAGUGAGAUAAUGAGUGAGAGAGUGAGGUAUAUGAUGUGA